AUGUUUUACAUCAGUAAGAUUGAGCAUAAAUUGACCUUGCCUCCUUCUCUUCUUGUUCUUCCCAUCGGAGAAGCCAUGCACACGGAGCUUGAGAGGCUUUUCUUGGAUAAGGUUAUUGCAAACUUGGGCCUUUGCACAUCUGUUUAUGAUAUCAUAUCCAUCGAGGGUGGGUCUAUCUUCCCUGGUGACGGUGCUCCGACCUACCUGGUGGUAUUUAAUUUGAUUAUGUUUCGUCCAUUUCCGGGGGAGAUUAUUACUGCAAAACUUGUUUCAUCUGAUGCUGAUGGCUUGCGCUUAUCCAUUGGAUUCUUUGAUGACAUUUACAUUCCUCCUCAUCACAUGCCCAAUCCAAACCACUAUCUACCAGAAAAUAGCCACAAAGGCACAUGGUAUUGGGAUUUUGAUGAAGAAAAUGAUUUAUCAUUUGGUAUUAAUUAUACUGAUGAGAUCAAAUUCCAAGUUCAAAGCGUGAGUUACCCACCGAUUCCAGUUGAGCAACCAAAAGAUUCAAAGCCAUUUGCCCCAAUGUUGAUUAGUGGAUCGUUAGAUCAAGAUGGUCUUGGCCCUGUAACUUGGUGGUGA